GUGAUUGGCUUUGGGCUUGUCGCCCAAUGCCACUAGCCCACUACGCUUGACGACUCGCUAGUCGAGGGUUUCUCUCCUGCGCGGCGGCUGCCUCCCUCUCCACGGCGGCGGCGGGCGGGCGAUCCUGCAGAUCCCGCGGCUCAAUCCAAGAUUCAAGGGGGUUAGUCAGACUCAGAUGGGGGAAGGGGGAGAGAGCGGCGGCGGAGGCGGAGGCGGGGCGACCACGGCGGCGCCGCCGCUGAGGGAUAUAAGGCGCUACAAGUGCGGGUUCUGCGACGUGGUCCGGUCCAAGAAGUGUUUGCUCCGCGCCCACGUGCUCGAGCACCACAAGGAUGAGGUGGAUGCUUUGGGGGGUUACUGGGAAGGUGGAGAUGGCGGUCCGCGCAAGGAGCUCAGCCGUGAGUGCCAACAGUGCGGGAUGAGCUUCAAGAAGCCGGCGCAUCUGAAGCAACAUAUGCAGAGCCAUUCGCUCGAGAGGCCCUUUUCCUGCACCGUUGAUGGUUGCCCCUUGAGCUAUAGCAGGAAGGAUCAUUUGAACAGACAUUUACUUACUCAUGAAGGGAAACUAUUUGUGUGCCCUAUCGAAGGAUGUGGCCGAAAGUUCAAUAUCAAGGGUAAUAUGCAGAGACAUGUUCAGGAAAUCCACAAAGAUGGCUCUCCAUGUGAAAGUAAGAAAGAGUUCGUCUGUCCAGAGGUUAACUGUGGGAAGACUUUCAAAUAUGCCUCCCAGUUAAAGAAGCACGAAGAAUCACAUGUCAAUCUGGAAUACACAGAAGUUAUCUGCUGUGAACCAGGCUGCAUGAAAUUCUUUUCAAAUGUGGAAUGCCUCAAGGCGCAUAAUCAAUCAUGCCAUCAACAUGUCCGGUGUGAUAUCUGUGGCACUAAACAGCUAAAGAAGAAUUUCCAGCGUCAUCACCGGAUGCAUGAAGGUUCCUGUGUCACUGAGAGGGUUAAGUGCCACUUCGAGGACUGCAAAUGUUCAUUUUCAAAGAAGUCCAAUUUGGACAAGCAUGUUAAGGCGGUCCAUGAGCAGCGUCGGCCUUUUGUGUGCCAAUUUUCUGGGUGUGGCAAGAGAUUCUCUUACAAGCAUGUAAGGGAUAAUCAUGAGAAGUCAAGCGCUCAUGUGCGCACCGAGGGUGAUUUUGUCGAGGCUGAUGAGCAGCGACCACGUUCAGUAGGUGGGCGCAAGAGGAAACCUGUAUCUGUUGAGAGUUUGAUGCGGAAGAGAGUAGCCGCUCCUGAUGAUGGGCCUGCUCAUGCUGAUGGAACUGAGUAUUUGAGGUGGCUUCUAUCGGGGUGAUUCGUCCUGGAUCUGAAAUACCCGCAAAUUACUUGGCAUGUAUAGGAAGAGGAAUGUAUGUAGUAUGUUAUAUAUAUGUUUAUGUACGGUACCAUAAAGACAGAUCAUUGGACCUUAAUUAUAAAGGCAAUAUAUGCUGUAUUAACAAGAUCUUGAAUGUAAGAGCAGUUGCUCGUGAUUAUUAGGGCCUUGUUUAGUUGGUGAAAAUUUUUAGUUUUGGCUACUGUAGCACUUUUGUUUGUAUUUGACAAUUAUUAUUCAAUAGCUUAAAAGAUUCAUCUCGUAAA